AUGGCUCCUACUCGAAACCGAGUGAAUUUUAAGAACUACGAGACUAGCACUCGUCUGCUGGCUGCUGUGGUCGCAUCCCUCGAGGGCAAGGCCAAACUCGACUACGAUGUGAUUGCGUUACUAGUGGGCGGAGGCUCCACGGAAUCCGCUGUGGAGCACCGCAUGCGUCCUAUUAAGCAGCUAGGCAAGUUGCAAGUCGACUGGUUUAUGAACCAAAGGAAGGACCCGGGCGAGUUGCCUGUCGAGAGUGGAGAAAUCCAGAAGCUCUUCGGCGAAUCUACUGCCGCCGGCAUACAGUGGCAGAUGCGUGAUGUGAAAGCUCUGGGUCGUGCGCAGCGACAAGCCGUCGAGGCAGGCCAAAAUCCCUGGGAUGUUAAGAUCGAUGCUCCUCCACGCACCAAGGCUUCCGCCGCGUCAACACCUACGAGCAAGGGUGGCCGCACCCCCUCCACCGCGGCCUCUUCGAAGCGCAAACGCGGCCCUAAGAAAGCGACUCUAUCCGAGGAGGAUACUGGCCUUGACAGCACUGAGACCGACUACGACACAAAGGAUCUCCGCUCAGAUGACGACGAUAUCGUUCAGAUCACGCCCACACCCAAACGCCGCAACACCCAAGGUCCUAAUAGCGCCAGCACGAACAACACCAACACCGCCACACCUGUGCCUGCUAAGACUACUGGCGGCAAUGGCGGAAGCGGCGGCAGCGGCGGCAAAGAUGUCACGCGCUCUCUCUUCGGUAACGGUUCUAAGUCAGCGCGUGCCAACAAUAACGAUGACCAGGUCCAGUUCAUCGAUCUGAGCGAGGACACACCCCCGCCCCCACCCAGAACAUAUACGCGCGCGCCCCAAGUGAAGGCUGACCCAGAUUCAGACCUGGUAUCGGAGGAGAAUAGCCCAAUUAGACAGGGCCACGACGACCCUUUCGUCGGUAGCAGCGGCAUGUUCGACGACGACGAGCUUGCGGAUGGAGAGGUCUAA